AUGAAGGAAGGUGCUAGUGUAUUAAGUAUUUCACGAGAAAACCAAGUAGGUGUCAAAGUUCGUAAUUUGACAGUAUCUGUUAAAUCACAACAACAAAAAUCAUCCAAGCAUACUUCAGACCAAGAAGCACAAUAUGAACAGGGAACUUCCAAGAUAUUGAAUAACUUGUCAUUUGAUAUAGAGUGUGGUCAACUUGUGGCUAUCAUGGGUGGGUCAGGUAGUGGGAAAACCACAUUAUUAAACACCUUAUCGCAGCGAACCAACAUCAAUAAUAAAAACUUGGGGUUUUCUGGUUCUGUUACCUAUGAAACUUCGAGUCUGAACAAACAUAUCAAACAUGCAUAUCUUUUACAAACAGAUAUUUUUUUGCCCGGGUUGACUGUAUGGGAAACAUUAUCAACACAAGCAGAUUUACGAUUGCCUUCACAUGUUACUAAACAAGAAAAAGCUGAAUUGAUUGAGUAUAUUCUAGAUGUUCUUGAAUUAAGCCAUCUCAAAGACACAUAUGUGGCUUCAUUUUCCCUGAAUUCAUCUACUUUAUCUGGAGGGGAACAGAGACGAGUGUCAUUGGCCAUACAAAUGUUGUCAAAGCCAGCAAUUCUAUUUCUUGAUGAACCAACAACUGGAUUAGAUACAUCAUCAUCUUUGAAAUUAGUGCAUGUGUUGAAGAAACUAGCGUCUCCAGAAUACGGAAUCACUAUUAUUUUAUCGAUUCACCAACCAAGACCUGAGAUUGGACAACUUUUUGAUAAGAUUUGUUUGUUGACCAGAGGAGGAAGACUUAUUUAUUACGGAAAUUUGGCCAACGCCGAAAUUUAUUUCAAUAACCUUAACUUUUUGGGUCGAGAUGCAGAUGAUCAGUCAAAACAUAUUUUAGAAUACAUUAUGGAUUUAUCUGUAAAAGAUACAACAUCUGUGGAAAAGGAACAACAAACAGUGGGAAGAAUCAACAAAUUGGUACAAACCUGGAGUAAUAAUCAUCAAUUCCUACAACAACUUGAUAAAGAGAAGCUCUCCAACGAAUCUCAUCAAUUUAAGAAAAACUUAACACUUUUUAGCAAACCAAAAGCAGAUAAGAUUUCUUUUUUGCAAGAAGUUACUGUAUUGACAAAACGAACAUUUAAAUUGACUUUCCGUGAUUAUAAAAGGUUAAUAGUUUUCAAUAUGGGAAUAGUUAUAAUUGGUGUAACUGUUGGUUGGAUGUUCUAUCGUCCAAAACACGAUCUUGCCGGUAUAAGAUCAUUGACAUCGACUCUUUAUGUUGCCAUGGAAAUUAUGGGAUUUGUACCCAUGUAUUUUGAGAUUGAACGAUUAUGGGAAACUGAUGGUGUAUUCUUUUAUAGGGAAUACCUGGAAGAUCAAGUGAGUAUUCCUGGAUUUUUAAUUUCCCGUAGAUUAGGGAAACUUUUUUUAGAAGAUUUACCCAUGUCGUUAUUGUUUUCUAUUAUCACAUUUUUCAUGUGGGGGUUGAGAUUAGGAGAUGGAAGUCAUUUUGGAAUUUAUUUUGUCGUUGUGUUUUUAAUAGAAUUAUGUUGCAUGGGCACAGCAAUGUUUUCAUUUGCCAUUGCUCCUAGUUAUCCUAUUUCAGCCUUGCUUAUCAACUUAAUUUAUCAAAUCCAAAAUAGUGCAUGCGGGUAUUUUGUUAAUGCUGCGACUAUGCCAGUUUAUGUAAAGUGGACAAAAUAUCUUGCUUAUUUUUGGUAUGCAUUUGGCGCCUUAACAAAUAAUCAAUUUAGUGGGUGGCAUGGGCAAUGCCCAUAUAAUGAUAUCAAUGAUCCAAGAUGUCAAGAGUUUUCUGGAGACUAUCAAAUUAAAAUAUUGGGAUUCCCAGUAGGAUGGGUUGGUGCCCCGAUUGGAUACUUGGUGCUUUGGACAGUAGGAUUCUUUGUGUUGAGUGGUAUACUAUUCUAUUUUAAACUGCAUGAUGUGAGUAUGGCAAAAACUAAGAAAAACACUAUUGGAGAAGGUGAGGAGGAACAUGAGACUUUACAUCAAAAGAAAACAGAAAGAGAACAGGAUUAUAUUACUGAUAAACAUGAUUUGGAAAUAAAUAUUAAUAAUAUCCAUUUGGACGUGACAAAGAGUAACAUUUUUGGUCGAACGAAAACCACAAAAACUUUAUUAGACAAUGUGACUGCAUCUUUUCAAGCAAAUAAAGUUAAUGUAAUAAUGGGUCCCUCCGGUAGUGGGAAAACUACACUCCUCAAUUAUUUGUCAAAUAGGCUUUCACGGAAUUCCAAAUUCGUAUCACUGGGGUCAAUUCGUUUAAAUGGUAUGCAAGACAUAUCUCGUGAUCAACUUUCUAGAAUAUCGGCAUAUGUGACUCAACAUGACAGUUCGUUGAUUGAACAGUUAACUGUGCGCGAAACUUUGUAUUACCAAGCGAAACUUCGUUUGCCUUUGGAUAAGCAUAAAAGUAUCCCCACUAUUAUCAACAAGCUAAUUAGACAAACAGGGUUACUUGAUUGUGCUGAUACAUUAAUUGGGUCAGAAUAUGUUAAGGGGAUCAGUGGUGGUGAAAAAAGAAGGGUUUCUAUUGCUAUUCAAUUAUUGAGUAGACCCAAAGUUUUAUUUCUUGAUGAGCCAACUUCAGGAUUGGAUUCUUCCACAGCUGAAACAAUUCUCACAUUAUUGGACGAAUUAGCCAAGGAGAACAACACCACCAUUAUUUUAACGAUCCAUCAACCAAGUGAGCAAAUGUUUUACAAGUUUGGGUCUUUAUUAUUAUUGGGUAGAGGAGGCAAGGUCAUAUACGACGGGACUUCAAUUGGCAUUGUUGAUUACUUGGAAAGUUUAGGAUAUGAUAAUCCAGAGGGCCAUAAUGUUGCCGAUUAUAUAUUGGAUUUGAUAUCUCGAGGAAUGAAUGAAGACAAAAUACAACUGGAGAGGAGAGUUGCCGAAUUAAUUUCACAUUGGCAAGCCAAUAGCAUUAAAAAAAUGGCAAGCACUGCCACUUUUCUGCAUGAGAUUAUUGAUUUGCCUCAGUACUAUUAUCAAAGAUUACCGAUAUUCAUUACGUUCCCAACUAUAUUCCGAAGACAAUUAUUGACGUCGUAUCGUGCCAAAGAUGUUGUUAUUAAUCGAGCCGGACAAACAAUUUUUUUGGCAAUUGUCCACACCUUAUAUUUCACACCCUUGAGAAACACUCAAGAAGGGAUCAGCAAUAGAUUGGGGUUGGUGCAAGAAGUUCUUAAUUUGUAUUUUGCUGGUUUGAUUAACAAUAUCACAUUAUACCCAUUUGAAAGAAACUUGUUUUAUCAAGAAUACCGAGAUGGAAUAUAUGGUGUUACUGAGUUUGGGUUCUCAUAUUUGCUCAAUGAAUUACCGACAGAAGUAGUUCCUUGUUUCUUUUUCGCAGCAUUGAUUGUGUUUGCUUGUGGAUUACCAAGAACCCCACAAAUGUUCUUUGCAAUGUUUGGUACUGGGUUUGUUUCUAUCAAUUGUGGUGAAUCAUUAGGGAUUUUUGUUAAUAGUAUUUUUACUCAUAUGGGAGUAGCAACAAAUGUUUUGAGUACGUUUGUUUCCAUGGCUAUAUUCAUGGGAGGUACCAUGUCUUUGCAUAUGCCUGGUUUUUUCAAAGGAGUCAAUUAUAUUAGUCCCAUGAAGUAUGCUGUUGCCAUAUGUGCUAAUUUAGGUUUCCAAAACCAGAGUUUCGAAUGUAAUAGUGGAGCUGCUGAAUGCUUAUUAACAACAGGGGAAGAUGUCUUGAGUUACUACAAUAUGAAGCAAAAUUUGGGUCCAAUGGUCGGUGGAUUGAUUGGAUGUCUUGUUAUUUACAGAGCUGUUGCUAUUUUGUCUAUUUAUGUCAGAGUAAAAUGGUUUUAG